AUGGUAGAAGACGUGUGUUUGUUCUACAAGGACAUUCUGGUUAUGAAGCCUCCGAAGAGAUCACCGAUGUUGUUAAGGACAGCAGUUGUAAUGUUUUCGAUGGUUUGUGGCGUUUUUAUCUGCUCUGCAUGUCUAAAGCAGAUAAGCACCCAAGCUCGGACUACAUUUGUGGACUUUAAAGUCAUUGACAGCCAUUUUCAGAGUAGAUUGAAGCUAAUCAAUACUCCUCACCUACUACAUUAUCCUAAACCUGUAUCCUUUAGCAGGAACGAGUGUGUUCAUAAUCCUGUACUGUUAUUUGCCAUAUUGUCCAAUCAGAGAUCAGGUAGUGGGUGGUUUGAGACCCUUUUGAAUAGCCACAUCAAUGUAAGCUCGAAUGGGGAGAUAUUUUCUGUUAGAAAGAGAAGGCAAAAUGUGUCUUCAAUUUUACAGACUUUAGACAAGGUUUACAAUUUGGACUGGUUCAAUAGUGCUUCGAAGAAUGAGUGCUCUGCUGCAACUGGCUUGAAGUGGAUGCUUAAUCAGGGAUUGAUGGAACACCACAAGGAAAUAGCAGAGUAUUUCAAUCAUAAACGUGUUUCUAUUAUAUUUCUUUUCCGAAGAAACUUGUUACGCCGGAUGGUGUCAAUGCUAGCCAAUUCGUAUGAUCGUUAUGCCAAGCUAUUGAAUGGAACACACAAGGCUCAUGUACACUCUGCAGAAGAGGCGGAUAUUCUGUCAAAGUACAGGCCUAUCAUCAAUUCUACGUCGCUGCUGGAUGACUUGAAGGAUAUGGAGAUGACAUCUGCUAAGGCUUUAGAAUACUUCAACAGCACUCGACAUAUGAUCGUGUAUUAUGAGGACCUUAUGAGAAAUCACACUAAGCUAAAAGAUGUUCAAGAGUUCUUAGGAUUGCCACAGAUGGAGUUAACGAGCCGUCAUGUUAAGAUACAUAGAGGACCAUUGUCAGACCACAUUCAGAACUGGGAUGACGUUAACAAGACGCUGAAAGGAACCGUUUAUGAGAGUUUUCUUGAAGCUGACUAUUAG